AUGAGACUCAAACCCUCUGAUUUUGUCUUCCUUACGGCUGUCUGUUGUUACUGUGUGCUCUCACCUUAUACAAAGGUCGAGGAGUCUUUCAACAUCCAGGCCAUCCAUGAUAUUUACUUUUAUGGUCUUUCAAAGAUCCAGUCCUAUGACCACCUUGAUUUCCCAGGUGUCGUCCCUCGCUCCUUCAUAGGCGCUCUUUUCAUUUCUUAUGUCACCAAGAUUCUUGCUAAGAUUGCACCACCUGAUGACAAGUUUUUCGUCCAGAUCAUGGCCCGAGGUAUUCUUGGUGCCUUUAACGCCCUCUCCGUGGUUGCCCUCAAGCAAACCGCUAGUUGGGCCUUUUCUCUGCCCUACGAAGAAGAGCAAGAAGAUGAAUCCAAGGAAAAAAUCCCCCCUAAGGAUUCUACCUAUAAGACCUCCAUCUAUUGGUUUUGGUUGAUGAUGUGCGUCCAGUUCCAUCUGCCUUACUACAUGUCCCGCACUCUCCCUAAUUUCUUGGCUUUCCCCCUCUUUAACAUUGCCAUGACUUAUGUUUUUGAGGUCAAGGAUGGCAUUGCUCUUGGGAUUCUUGCCUUUACCGCCAUUACACUUCGUGCCGAAGUCGGACUUUUCGCUGUUCUUCUUGCUCUAGUCCUACUUGGCACUCGCAGAGUCUCAAUUUUGACUGUUGUCAAGUCUCUUACCAUUGGUCUUGGAAUCGGUGCGCUUCUUUCUGUUGGAGUUGACUCGUACUUUUGGCAAAGACCCAUCAUGCUCCCAGAAGUCCAAGGAUUCAUCUUCAAUAUCGUCAAUGGCCAAGCCGUCAACUGGGGCGUUGAGCCAUACUCGUACUACUGGGGAGACGUUGUUCCAAGAAUCGUCAACUUUGGUGGACCAAUUGUCUGGGCCUUUAUCUUGGCUGGCUUUAUUAGAGAUCACUCACCAUUUCACUCUCUCAGAGUCCUCGGCGUCACCAGCUUGUUGUAUAUUGCGGCAUAUUCCUUCCAGCCUCAUAAGGAAUGGCGGUUUAUUGUUUAUACGAUCCCACUUCUCACUCUUUUGGCCGGCAAUGGUAUCGCCAUUAUGACCCAGCGUAUAGGCAAGCACAUUGGUCCCUUGCCCCAGAUUGGAUUUGCACUAUUCAUCAUUGCAGUGGCUUUGAUGAGUGCUGCCAUUUCCGCUACAAAGCUUUUUGCUUCCAUGUACAAUUAUGAGGGUGGCAAUGCCUUGGCCCGCUUCCAUGAGCUCAUCCCCAUUGGACCUAAUCCCAAUCCCAGUGAGCCUCUGGUGGUCCACUUUGACGUACCUGUGGCUAUGAGCGGUGCCACACGCUUUGGCCAGCUCUAUGACGAUGCUUCUGGAGUUAGCCCCAAGUAUGGUCCAUGGUACAUUUAUGACAAGACAGAGAACCAAGAGCUUCUCGAUGACAUCACUGACUCCUUUGAUUACCUCAUUGUUGAGACACCGCCAGACCAUGUGGAUAAGGUCUUCCCUCCUGCGGAUAUGUACCGCUGGAAGCUUCUUGACACAAUCCCCAAGUACUUUACCGUCAACAAGCCGGCUCUGUUGGCGCUUUUUCAGGAUAUGGCUGCUGAUCCUGUCAAGUAUCUGGGAACGCUGCCUGAGAUUAUCUCGCUAUUUCUUGGGGUGGUCGAGGACAGAGAUUUUUCCAAAGAAGCAUCAGCUUUUCUUUCAAAAUAUGUGGUUCUACUGGACUCUGUAUGGAUCUACAAGCGAGUCUCGGUAACAGAUCCCACCGAAAGUCCCUCGGACUACCCGUGGAGUGCCAUAAACGAUACCGAAGGUGCCAAACCCACCGUUUCGGCGUAG